AUGCUGUCGGGUCUGACAGACGGCUCCGGCAGCAGUCUCGUCUUCUCGCAGUACAAAUACAGAGACAGCAAGGGGCUAUUGCGCCAGCAGCAGCUGUUGCAAACGCUGCAAGGAGUCGUACCCUGUCCCCCUUGGUUUCCUACGCUGCCCCACAGCGCCUACGCGGAGCCGCCAGCUGCAGGCGACACCACAGCAGCGGCUGCAGAAUUGCCACUGCACUCCAACUGGAAGACAGUUAUAGAUGUACCAGAGGGCUGUUGCGUUGUAAUGCCGGGGAUGCUCACAAGGCGGCUUGCUGCUGCUGCUGCUGCUAAGCUACGCCCGCUGUCUGCUGCAGCAACGGAAGCAGCAGCAGCUCUAAAAAGAGUUGUUGCUGCUGCGGGGGUGCCUCAGGCCUCAGGACCGGCGUCUGCAGCAACAAUUGCAAAAACAAACGUCUCGGGUGCACCAUCUGUUGCACAGGAGGAAUACCCUGGUGCUGGUGUUGUUGAUGCCGCAGACGAUGCUGUCGCAGCACGUCCACAGUACUGUGCUGAUUGUGCUGAAGGCGUUACAACUGGCUGCUGCUGCGUCUUCGGCCGGGGAUCGCCACUGGAGAAGCUGCUACACCAUCCGCUGCUGUGGGAGCAGCAGCUGCCGCGAAGCAGCAUUUGGACGCUGCUGCUGCCUCAGGCUUCACAGCAGCAGGGACAGCAGCAACAACAGCAACAACAGACGAAGAGAGGGCAGGAAGACGAACUCGUGCACUGUGAGCAGCAGCUAGAUCAGGAGACUCAGCAGAAACAGCAGCAGCAGGAAAAGCAACUGCAGCAGGAGCAAGAGGAGUGCUUGCGCGAGGUGUUUGUCUUUGAGGCCCUCACCAGCCAACGCAAGACCGGGCGUGCGGGGGGAAGGAAUCCUGCUUCUGCACAUCAGGUGCAGCAGCAGCAGCUUGUGCAGCAACAGCUGCAGCCCAACCAUAUGGAGGCAUUCUCAACGACCGGAGGACCAGCAGAAGUAGCAGCAGCAACCGCAGCAGGUGCAGCAACAGGAGAAUCUGGAGCUCGUUCUGUCCUUACUUGGCUGCUGCCGCAUCAGCUGCUGCUCUUUGCCGGUCACUUUGCUGCUGUUAGUGGCAACUCGGGGGUGCCUUAUCCCAUUACUGCUGCGUCUAUCAAAAUCCCCAACAGCAGGCAGCAGCAACAGCAACAGCACCUGCAACCGUUGCGCGGAGGCGACACUCUUGGAUCGGCCGAGGCUGGCGCCGUCGUUCCCAUGGUCUCCCUCAUUACUUUGAAAGGUUUGGAGUCGCUUUUGGGUCCUACAACUGUGGCGUUAGCGGAGUGUCUCCGCGUUUUGGGGGAGGCGUUCGGCAGCAGUCCUCCCUUUGGUUGUUUGUCCGUCCUUUUUUUUCCCUUACGGCGCACUGGCUCGGGGGUGUGGGGCCUCGCCUCAUCAUCUGGUGUCAGUGCAGCGCUGCAUGCGAGCUCGAGCGAUGCCUCUGCUGUGGGGCUGCGGCAGAUGACUGAAGAGGGCUGUGCGGACUGCGCCAUCGCUGAAGAAAUGAAUCGAUCGCCAGGGCAGGAGUACGUGGUGAGCGGGAACGUGGCGGUGCUACCUUUGGAGUGUCUGCUAAGUGCUGCGGAAGCAACGGCAAGCAGCGCAGGCUUUCCCUCUCGUUUGCUGCUGGCUGAAGCAGUGAUUCAUCUGUGGCUAGAAGACUUAUACCCCACACACCGUCUCACCACAGAGGCAGACCUCUUCAGCUGUCUGUAUACCGCAACGCUUAUACGCAAACUCCUCCUCGACCUCUUCAUUCAAGUAGGAUACGGCCACAACAACGCCCGAACCCUUAACCCCAAACCAUACACCCUCCACUUCUGUUCCAGCUAUGCGCACUACCAGGCGGUUUAG